UGUAGGCUGUUUUCACCGCGUCCUCAAAUCUAUCGUUUUUUUAGGGAAAAUUCCCAGAUUUUUUAAUCUUUUCUUAGACUACUAUGCUGCAGAAAUGACGUCAAGCGAGUCCGCAAUUUCUGCCACAGCAACCUACGUUGAGAACUACCUAGAUUGUGUAGAAUCUCUACCUGAUGACAUGCAAAGGAACAUUUCUCAGAUGAGAGAGCUGGACCUUCAUUAUCAGGAGAGGCUUAAAGAAAUCGAGCGGCUCAUCAAUAAUUACUUCAAAGAAAAAGAGCCAGCGGCCAGGCGAAAAUGCUUGAUUCAAAUUCAAAGACGACUAAUAAGAAGUCAAGAUUAUGGGGAUGAUAAGUUACAGCUGGUUGGAAACAUGAUAGACUUGGUGGAUACUCGUACUCGACAAAUUGAAGUAGAUGUGGAAAACCUGGACACAUACAGAAAUGAUGACAUGCCACCUCUCCUAAAACCCGAUGUUCAGCCAGCCAUUUUAGAGGAGCACCAUUCAAAACCUGAGAAGACAAAAAGAAAUCGGCGGCAGCGCAACCAUGACAAACAUGAGCGUGACUCAGAGGGGAGGGGUGGAUCAAGUGGGGCAGGAGGUUCAGAAGUGGUCAAGCCAGUCAAGAAAAAGGCAAAGACCAAUAGAAAGGGCAAGUCAAAGAAUCAAGACUCACCCACACCAGAGUAUCCAAUUGAUCCAAAUGAGCCAACAUACUGCUUGUGUAAUCAGGUUUCAUUUGGAGAAAUGAUUGGAUGUGAUAAUGAAGAGUGUCCCAUAGAAUGGUUUCAUUUUCAGUGCGUGGGACUCACAACCAAACCGAAAGGAAAGUGGUACUGCCCCAAGUGCACAAACGAACGGAAGAGAGAGAGAAACUGUCUGAGAUGAUCGUCUGGACUGACUUAGCGAAUACUGCAGAAUUUGAACUUUUUAUUUGACUAUUUGAGAAACCCCUUGAAGAAUAAUCUUCUCUAAGCUAUCAGCUCUAAUGCUGUAAUAAGGAAAACUUCUUUAUGUCAGGCAAAAAUUUAGAUGUUUUCGAUAGUCAAGGAUGUUAGUUUAUUUUGGAUAACUAAAUCACACUGUAAUAGAAUUGCAUACAGCUCUUUGGUUUUAGUUAGCGCUAUUUGUAUCCAGAUUUCUGUAUUAUUUAUUUAACGUCUACUUGCACUUGUUUUAACACUAUGAAACUACACGUAGAUACAUUUGUAGCUUAUAAGUACUGUAAGAUAUGGUUUCCAUCGAAAAAUGUCCAUGUCUUUGCGUUAAUGGCAUGUUUGGAACCGGAAAAGUUGAAAUCCAGUGCGUGUGCAACCUUGCGGUGAGCGCGGGAAAACAGGUCACAAGAGGAAAGCUCGAGAAAAAUAGGCCGCUGAUGGCAAGCGUUGGAAAACAAGGGCACCAGGGCACCAUUUGCUGAGCUAAUUACAGAAAAAACAAAACGGCUACUCGGUUGGUGUUGUUUCUUGCAAAAACUGAUAUCUUAAAUUAUAAAGUUAGUGUUGUGCGACUUGUGUUAGGGUCGAGCAUUGAUUAAGGAAGAAGCGUAGUUUUUGGCGAAUAUUCCUUUCAUAAAGCUAUCGUGAGUUUCAAAGCCGUGAAGACCACUUCCAUUCUUGAGUCGAGACCCCUCACUUUUGAUCACGUGAAGUGACAGCAUCAGAGUCAAACCAACCAGCCCUAGUCUUUUUGUUCUCCGUUCUUCUUCGCUUACACCUCCUAACUGAAUGGAGGCAGUAGAAGCGUUUUAUGCUUGCAUGGUGCCCGUACUUUUUCUUUUGUAUCAGAAAGCAUAUAUCAGUAUUGUUUAUUGUAUAAAUUAUAGGUUGUCUAACUCUUGUAAUGUUCAGAAAGUGAAAUAUAACAUGUGCUUCAGUGAAA